CCGGGCGCGUAGGGGGCCGGCCGGUUCCGCGCCCCGCUGCUGCCGUGCCUCGCCAUCCCUCCCGGCACGCCGGGCCGCGCCCGCUGCCCGUGCCGCGCAGGGGCGGGCGGCGGCGGCGGCGACGGGGGGGAGGCGGGCGGGGGCGGCGCUGCGGCGCCCGGCUCGGCUCGGCUCGGCUCGGCUCGGCGCGGCGCUGGGGAGCGGAGCGGAGCGCGUUGGCCGCGAUGGGCGCCUCGGCGGCGGAGCGGCGGCGGCGGCGGCGCGGGGAGCUGCUGCGGGGGCAGCUGGGCGCCCUGGCCGCCCUGGCUCUGCUCCUGGCCGGCUGCGCAGCCGGCCGCGGCGGUUAUGAUGCUUUGAGCUUUUCUGUGGAAAUCAAUGACAAAUGGAGUGGGAGACAGUUACUGCAAGCAAAUGAGGACAACACGACUGAGGUCCCAGAGGAUGGGGGGCAGGUCUAUGUCAGAAAUUGCACUGAACCAGCUCUCCAUGAAUUCCCCAAUGACAUCUUUACAAACGAGGACAGGAGGCAUGGAGCUGUCAUCCUGCACGUCCUUUGUGCCAUGUAUAUGUUUUAUGCUUUAGCAAUUGUCUGCGAUGAUUUCUUCGUCCCUUCAUUGGAAAAGAUUUGUGAACGCUUGCAUCUUAGCGAAGAUGUGGCUGGGGCAACUUUCAUGGCAGCUGGCAGCUCUGCUCCUGAGUUGUUUACAUCUGUCAUAGGUGUUUUUAUCACAAAAGGAGAUGUAGGCGUUGGAACCAUUGUAGGCUCUGCUGUAUUUAACAUUCUCUGUAUUAUUGGUGUGUGUGGACUUUUUGCAGGACAGGUUGUUGCACUGUCGUCAUGGAGUCUCCUGAGAGAUUCAAUCUACUAUACACUGUCUGUUGUUGCACUCAUUGUGUUUAUUUAUGACGAAAAAGUUUCUUGGUGGGAGUCCUUAGUCUUGGUGCUGAUGUAUGCCAUCUACAUCGUUAUUAUGAAGUACAACUCUACCAUACAUCACUGUUUUGAAAGGAAGACGAAAAACGCUGCAAAUAUGGUGAAUGGAUUAGCAAACAAUACAGAAAUGGAUGAUAACAGCAACUGUGAUGCUACAGUGGUGUUACUAAAGAAAGGGAAUUUCCACCGUAAAGCCUCAGUGAUCAUGGUGGAUGAGCUGCUGUCUGCUUACCCACACCAGCUUUCAUUUUCUGAGGCUGGGCUCCGGAUCAUGAUAACCAGCCACUUUCCCCCAAAAACACGUCUUUCCAUGGCUAGCCGCAUGCUAAUCAAUGAGAGACAAAGACUGAUAAACAGCAGGACUUACACCAAUGGUGAAUCAGAAGUAGCAAUCAAAAUACCGAUCAAGCAUGUGGUAGAGAAUGGAACAGGCCCAAGCAACUCAGCUGAGCGGAGCAUGAACAGCACACGGCGAGAGGAGGACACGGCUGAGGCUGGCACUGAAACAGAAAAUGAGAAUGAGGAUAAUGAGAACAACGAAAAUGAUGAGGAAGAGGAUGAAGAUGAUGACAAUGAUGACCAUGAAGGGCCAUACACACCUUUUGACCUACCCACUGGCAAAACAGAAGUCUUGAAGUGGCUCUUCACAUGGCCAUUGAGUUUUGUCCUGUAUUUCACAGUGCCCAACUGUAACAAACCCCACUUGGAAAAAUGGUUCAUGGUUACUUUUGCUUCUUCUACCCUCUGGAUUGCAGCUUUCUCGUACAUGAUGGUGUGGAUGGUGACAAUCAUUGGCUACACACUGGGAAUUCCAGAUGUGAUAAUGGGCAUCACUUUCUUGGCAGCUGGAACCAGUGUGCCGGACUGCAUGGCAAGCCUUAUCGUAGCAAGGCAAGGUAUGGGGGAUAUGGCUGUGUCCAACUCCAUUGGAAGCAAUGUUUUUGAUAUUUUAAUUGGCCUAGGUCUCCCAUGGGCUUUGCAGACCUUAGCAGUGAAUUAUGGAUCAUACAUUCGGUUAAACAGCAGAGGACUUAUCUAUUCUGUUGGUCUCUUGCUGGCAUCUGUUUUUGUCACAGUUUUUGGCGUCCACAUGAACAAAUGGAAACUGGAUAAGAAGCUAGGGUGUGUGUGCCUUUCCCUUUAUGGCAUCUUCCUGUGUUUCUCCAUCAUGACAGAAUUCAAUGUUUUCACUUUUGUGAACUUGCCAAUGUGCAGAGAUCACUAAUGCAGGUGGCAGACUGUCAGGAGGAACUUCCUUCUUACCUGUGCAAUACAAACCACGGCUGGCAUCUCCUGAAUGCGGUGCACCUCCAAGUCGUGAAGUAUAUCCUGUUCACUGUUCAUAGGACCUGUAGCCCCAUCUCAGUUUACCUUCUCCCUGAACCCCACAACCUGGAAGAAUCCUGCAUUGAUGUGAAGAUUAUUUUUUUUCAACAUUCAUGUAAUUUCCUAGCUCAGUUUUUGAACAGUGACUGGGACUCUAGGUGAACUGGCUGCUAACUGGCAUCAAGCCAGGCAAAACUGGUCUGCUACAAUUCCUUUUUAAGUUAUUUGAUGGAAGACUAAUCUAAUUUAUGACUUAAGACUAUUGCUACAAUGCUGAAGAGGGUACACCGUAUUGGGGCUGAUUUUCAAUGAGAAUUCUGGGAUUUUUUGGUUGCUUUUUUUUCCCUUUUUUUGUUGUUGUUGUUUGUUUUGGUUGUGAUUUUUUAUUGCCUGAGAUCAAUGUCCUCUCUUUCAGCUUCUCCUUCUGAGCUUUGGGUCUUCUAUAACAAUCCAAAAGUCACAGGGCAGUGUAAUACGGGAAUUUAAUUCAGCAUAUGAGUGGACUUACUGUUUAUUAAAAGCAGACUGUCAAGGCAACAGACAGACUCUUUACCAUAAAUAAUGAGUCCUGUACAGGUAUGAUGAGGAAUGUGAGGUAAAUGUGGAUUCAAAGGAUAAACACUGCUACCAUUUUACUAUUAAUGUUGGUGUUUUAUUAAUAGGGUGUUUAUGGUAUUUCCAAGCAAUAGCUUGAUUGCCAGCCCAGGAGGGCUACCAAGGAGGCGUCCUGUUUUUUAGUGAUCUACACCUGGACAUGGAAGGUCAGAACUUUAUUUGCUUCAUCAGACUUCUUGUAGUUUAGGGGGGAUUCUAUAGUUUAUGUCUUAUUUGUUCUGAGAAGGACAUAAGUAUGUGUCAAAACUUUUCUAAAUGAGUUACAGACACUGGUUUCUUUAAAAGGAAAGAGGCAUAUUUUGCACAGACAUAGUUACUGAAGUCAUAAUUUGCCACUCUUUAAAGAAUACACUGGACCUGGCCACAUAUUUGUCUUUUUUUGUAAACAGUUGAACUUAUAAAGAAUCAUGUGGAUUCAUCACAUCUCCUUUAGGAAGGAGGAAGAUGGAGAGAGAGAUGGCACUUUUAAAAUGUGGAAUAUCUUCAAUGCAGACUCGCUCACAGAUCUUAAGUUAUUGUGGAAAUUUAACUAUUCAUUGUUCCAGUAUUCUUGCUAAAUUUUGUAUAAUUCUGUAUUAAUAUGCAGGCAGAUUCCACCCCAUCAGAAAUGCUAUCACAACUACAUUCAUAUGUAUUGAUACUGUGGAUUCUUGCCAGUGCUGGCUGUUGUAUUUACUUUAAGCACUGAUCACUUCUGAUUCAUUUGGUAUGUUUUUCUUCUUUCUUGUAUAAAUUCUACUACGAAGUGUGAUAAGAUACUACCAGCUAGGUGAAUGUUUUUGUCUAUGGUACAAACAGUGGCAAAUAUUGGUAGUGAAAGUAUAACAAACCCUAGGUCUCAGAAAAAAACAAAAAAAUAAACAAACAAGCAAAAAAAGCACCACUACCAACAACAAAAAUACCUAAACCAUAGUAGGAAAGAACCCUCCAACUAAAAAAAAAAAUACUAUUUACAGACAUCCAAUUUUCAAUUCAUUUGCAUUUUUGGACUUGCUUAUUUUGGCAUACUUUUCUUUGGACAAAAUGAUGUAAAUCAAAAUAUUUACACCUUGUGGUUUCUAUUCAGCUCUGCACCUUAUUUUCUUUCUUUGUUACACUAAAUGUGUGGAGGCUUUGGCAGCCGUUGCACUGUGCAUGUUGGGGAAGUCCAUCGGAAAAAGCCAUGCCCUGCUGGCCUUGGUGAAUAAAGCGUGCUUGUGGAUGCCUGGCAAGAAGAAGGAAGGGCCCAGGGACAGAGAAAAGAGAGUCAAUGACACGUCUGCAUCAUCAUUUUUCAUUCUGGAAAACAGUUGUCUUGCUACGUGUUGAGCUAUGCAGCCUGUUGUUGAAGCAGCCUUCUCCUAACUGUGCCUGUGUUAGGAAGCCCAUCUUGUUGCUUUUUUUGUUGUUGUUUCUUUCUUUCUUUGUUAAUGAGAUUAAUAAUAACCACUAAAAUGCCUAAAAUACUUCCUUAAAUCAAACAAUGUUAGCAGCAAUGUGGCACAUUUCAAUAAAAUCCACCCCACAGACACACAGCUAUACUCUUUGUAGCAAGAUGCAGUCAGUCCAAAGCAGUGUUUCCUUGCUGGCAGAAGGACAGAUUUGGGGAAGGAAAACAACAAAACAAAACAAAACAAAACAAAGAACAAAGUCGCACAUCCAGGGCCUAUUAUUACUUCUAUUUUGAAUAUUUAUACUGCUGCUCCAAUGGAGCCAGUUGGAUCUAUUUCUACGAAAUAGCUGUUACCUAUCCCAUGGCACAAAAACUGCGUGACUAUUUUUUUAGGAACCUUUCUUAUUGGUGUGCAUUAAAUACUGUAGCAUAUCGUAGCUUUGCAUUGUAUGUGAAACCUGUAAUACCUUGUUUUGAAAUGUGUGUGUUGUGCAAGAAUAUUCUGCGAGUUAUUUGUUCUAAGCAGAAGCAAAAGGUACAUUGAACUGCCAUUAUCUGUGCCAUGUAUGACUUGAUAAGUACUUCCUGUGUUGACAGUUUCAGUGAGUUGUGCUUGUGAUUUGCAACCAAAUCAAUCGGUGCAGACCUGGUUUGGAACAGAAUAGACCAACUGAAUGUUUUGUCUCCCAAAAUGAGAGCCUGUCAAGUUUGCUAGCAUAAUCAAAGCUCAUAGAAGAGUCCCCACAGCAACAACCUAAGCAAUUUUUAGCAUCCUUCCUGUGUGACAUCUCCAGAACUUGAACAGACAGGUACAUGCAAGUAUAGAACAUACUAAUAGCUUUACCUUGCAAAGCUGAGUGGGUUCUUUUUCUUCGGGCAUUCAGUUCUGAGAGUUGCAGGCAUGAGGGUGGCUGGGCCUUGUUUGCUGGUGCAAGGGCCACAGCGCCCAGUGCUCCCUGAGGCAUGGAGCCCCUCUGCUCACAGUGCCUCUGCUCCCACCUGCAGGAGGCCAGGGGGUCAGAGUCGGGAGGGGGUCAGAGUCGAGCUGGGCUCAGGACAUGACUGUGACUCAUUUGGGUUUUUGCUGUUCUGAAAGCAACGUUUACCUUCACAUUUGAGGCUGCUCUGGUCUUGGGACCAGUCGAGUGUUAUUGUUUCCAUUCCAUGCAGUUUCAUACAAUCCUUAAUGAGCAUUUCAAAGGGGGAUGAAAAAGCUUUUUCCUCAGUGGACAGCGCUUCACCACAGCUCUUGCUCUGACCUGAUUUUGUCUCGAUUGGUGUUAAAUAUGCAAUCCCUGGCUAGUGGCAGUUCUGCUCGAUGUGCAAGUAGCCUUCCUUUGACACCAUUUCAAAAGUGGAAUGAAAUGACAUGAGGAAGUCUUAAGUCAUGCUGCAAAAACUGCUUUUGUCCCUACCACAGCUGAUUUUUUUUUUUAUUUUUGGAUGUACUGCACUUUUUGGUAGAUAGCUUCUAUCAAUCAGAACACCAAUCUGAAAUGUUUGCACAAAAAGAGAUUUUCACUCAUGUAAUUUGUUGUGUUUUUUUCCUCUCUGUUUACACUUCCUGCCUUGUUUUUAGCUUUUUGUCUUCAGCUGUGUCAUUGAAAUUAAUUAGCAUGCUUUGGAUUUGUGAUGUCUGUGCCUGUGAAAACGAAUGCUCAUUCCGAACUUUCAGAUGUAUGACUGGCUUUUUUUUUUCCUUGACAAAACAGAUCAGGAAGAACAGCAAUCUAGUUUUAGAAACACUACAUUCAAUGUAGGUGGAGCAACCUGAGUGUAACAUUUAAUAUCCUGCUGUCAGAACAGUAUUUUUAUAUGACUUUUCCAAAUAACCACGUUAAUACUUGUAAAAUAAAAUGUAAACUUAAUAUUGUUGCAUAACUUUUUAGAAAACCACAACUUUCUGCUGAUUGACAAAUGUUUCUUAUAUCAGGAUUUUUGAAAGCCCUAAUCCUUUCAAAAUAAUCUCACAGAGAUGCAAUAGUAUCAGGUUUAUCUAUUUCAACAUUUCAGCAUUGGAAAUUUUAAACUGCUUAAAUAUGUACUUUAAAAAUCAAUCUCGAUGGACACUGCUUAGCUGGAUUUAAAUCCACCCUGUAAUCAUGAAGUUUCACUUGACUGGUAACCAACUUAAGUUACUCUAUAACAGACUUAAACCCAGGUAAGACUGUCCAUGUUAGGUUUUGUACAACUUUAACUGAAUCAGUUCAAAGCCAUAUUUUAAAGGAGAGUGGUGAAAGACCUCAAGACCUCAGUGACUUUGCUUCAAAUUAGAGGAACUACAGAGUUUGAAUAAACUUAAUGAGUGUACCAUAUAUAAUGCAAGGCUUAAUGGAAGAGAGUUUUUAAUAUUCAUUAAUUUGAGUGAAAAUUGACCUCUCUCAAAAUUAGCAGUAAAACUCCUUUUUUUUUUUUUGUAAGGUCAGUAUAUAUACAUCUUUGCGGCAGUGAUUCCUGGUAAGGACUGUUGUUCUGUAUUUUUCUAAGGAUGAGUUAACUCUUUAUUUUAUUUUCAAUAUAGAUAAAUGAAUUCCUAUUAAUGUGACUAAGCACCUCUCAGGAGCUUUACAUGAAUAUUCUGUUAGUGGUGAGCACUUAGUGGCCUCAAAUCUGAAGCAUAUUUCAUAAAUGCAUCUACUUCCACACAAUCUGCUCUGAGUUGUUGGUCUGAAUCUCCAAAAUCCAUCUCAGCUGUGGACAAAUCCAUGCCUUGUGGAAAAGGUUUCUUUAUUAGCAGGAAAGCAGUCAGGGAAGAAAAUGGCAAUUCUUUUCAUUGCAAGCCGGGAUAUGUAGCUUGGCUGUGAAAUCUAUCAUUUGCCACCCUGCAAUAGGUAGAGAUUUAGGCCGAGUUAUCCAGGUUGAAUAUUCAUGAAUAUGAAAGGACUAAAAAACAAGACGUGAGGGUCUGAGGGAACUGGGGCUGUUCAUUCUGAAGAAAAGGAGGCUGAACAAACCUCAUUGUUCUCCAUAGUUACCUGAAAGGAGGUUAUAGCAAGGUGGGUUUUUGUCUCAUGUCUUAAGUGACAAGUGAUAGGACAAGAGGAAACAGAUUCAAAUUGUGCAGGGAGAGGUUUAGACUGGAGGUCAGGAAGAAUUCUUUUAUGAAAAGAGUGGUCAGGCAAUGGAACGGGCUGCUCAGCAAGAUGGUGGAGUAACCAUACCGAGAGGUAUUUAAGAGAGGUGUGGACAUGGCACUUAUGAACAUGGUUUAGCGGUGGAUUUGCAGUGUUAGGUGGUGUUUGGAUUUGAUGAUCUUAGAGGUCAUUUCCAACCUAAAUGAUUCUAUGAUUCUGGGAAAUUUGGGCAGAAAGAUCUAAUUUCAGAAAAGCUUCUUUAAAAGCACAACUUGUGUAAAGCUUCAGAUUUUGUGAUGUAUUUGUAUAGUUAUUAUAACUAUAUCCUGGUAUAUUUUAGGUAUUUUUUUAUUUCCCUUUUUCUAAUUGCCUUGUAGAACAAUUUUUAAAAUUUCCACACCAAAAGAAUGAGACAAAUCUUGUCAACAUAAUAUUCAUUCACCAGGUAGAGUUUGAAUGGUGCUAAAAAUCAAUGUACUAACUUUAAAACAACAGUUUCACAUAACAUUUUUUAUUGUCAGUUGAGGGAAAUGACUGAACCUACGAGGACAGUUGUAGCUGAUUACAGAUUUACUCAGAUUUAGAGUAUUUGCCUUGUGGGUUUCCCAUGAGCACGUCUGGCAGACAAAGUAGACAGCAGGGAUUCCCAGAGGAGUAAUCCCUGUUGCUGAAUGUUUUUUGAUCUCAUACUGUAAUGGAAGAAGGGGCUGCUGGUACACAACACUUCUUUGUCACUGAUAUUUCCCUGCUAGCUUGGAAUAACACUUGCUCCUUUUUCAUAGCAGAGACACAGAUUUCCCAUAGGUCUGAGUCCUAACCUUAAUUCUGAUAAGUGUUGUCUCCUAGCAGAUAGACAUUUGAGCAAAGGAAGAAACAAGUUCUGUUAACUUUGUAGAGACAGAGAUUUCAUCAUGGAAGGAGUUCACUGCAGAAAUGUCUUGUGGAGAAGGACCUGUAAUGUAAGCAUUCUUUAGUAAUCAUAGGGGUAUUACCAGUAGGAAAUUCUGCUCUUAGGACUGAAAAAUAAAAACCUCUUCACUCGUUCACUGAGGUCUAUUUAUAACAGAUGAGGUCAUUUGGGUAAAGCAGUCCUUGAAGUAGGCAAACCACCAGAACUCUGAAGGAGACCUGUUAUAUUAGUUCCUGUGAAAAAGGAUCUUAUCAGUUUUCAAAGUUUUCAAAGGCAAAUAACCAUGGGACAACAGGAGCACUGAUUUGCUUUUGUCCUCUGGGAUGUUUCUCGUUUUGUGCAGCUACUGAUUUCCAUGACUGGGUUGGUCUGUGGGAAAUCUUGACCACCAUGCAGCUCUUGUCCCAGAGCAUGUCUUCUCCAUCUCCCUGUAAUAACAUCCACUGGCCAACAGUAGCACAUGGGGUGAGGGUGUUGGGGUAGCCACAGACUGACUUUCUCUCAGCCAGGAUGAGCACGGCCUGCACUGCUCAGCUCAGGUUCAUUUCUCACAGCCCUGGCUUCAGGGUCCAGGGGGUAACACAAAGUGCAUGUUCCUGCAGCAUGGUGGUGGGAGUGCGCUGCCACUGUUCCUGAGGUCAUACCCUGCCAGUGCAGGGGCACAGGGGUAUUUACACCUCUUCCUUGGCCUGGUUCUCAUUCCAGCAUGCUUGGUCAGGCUGUGCAUGGCCAGGCUCCUAAGCUCCAAGUCCACGAAGUACCAAAGCCCUUGCUUAACUUGGAGCUCAUACCUUGUUGUGCACAAGUCAGUGCAUUGAAGGUUAAGAACAUGCUUGGGUGCUUUGCUGAGAAGCUCGCUUUAUUGAAUCCAGCUCUUUGGCAUCACCAGGCUUUAUUUAAGUGCUUGACAAAAGCAGCACUUGAAGUCAAAGUGUGUAGGCUCUUGUAGGGAGCACCUGCAGCAAAGUGUUCCCAUUGGAAGAGGCAGGGAGGAAAUAUUGUAUGAUUAAUGAGCAAAUAACGCCAAUGAGGAGAGCCCAUACCAAAUGUGCCGUGGGUUUAAAUAAGGAACGUGACUUCUAAAAGUUUUUGUCAAAGUUUUAAAAACUGUUCACCAGGACUCAGCUACUGAGAAGGUUUUUACUACUGAUGCAGUUUAGGAAAUUAGAUUUGGCUUUACAGAUCUCAGUUUGAGAUGGUGCUUUCCUGUGUGGGUCUCUAAGGAGGCAGUAGCCCAUGUUAGCAGCUCUCCUCUGCAAACAGGACCUGUUGCUGAGCUUAUUAAAGUUAAAGCAUAGUUUCUUCACCAAACUAGAUGGAUCAAGCCUGGGGCAGCCUGCAGGUGAGAUGUAAGCAGCAUACCUUCUGUGGCACCCUGUGGGUGUCUGAUCAGCAGCUCCUGCUAGCACAGAAAGGAGAACUGGGCCAUUCCUCUGCGUGCCAUAUGCUAGUGAACUCAGCUAGUGUUCUUUGUUGUGCUUCUAAAGCACGCAUGGGGCUUGAUUAUUUUAUUUUAUUUUAUUUUAUUUUAUUUUAUUUUAUUUUAUUUUAUUUUAUUUUAUUUUAUUUUAUUUUAUUUAUAUAUAUUUUUUGAAUUGGAGGGUCUGGUUUGCUUUUGGAAGAGGUAGAAAAAGAACUUUGCAUUCAACCUUUGGGCUAAAAUACCACAGCAGUAGUUUUCUGUAGUGUCCCAGCUUCAUGCAACCACAUGUGUAGGCACAAAGACUAUGAAGUAUGAAGGGUUGUCUCCAGGCCCCUCAGAAGUCAACAGAAUGGUGCUAUUUGACUGCUCUUGAGCCAACACUUGAAAUUAAGUUGAAAGUCAUGAUGCAAAAACAUGAUUUACAUCCUGUCUUUGAGUCCUGGUGCAGCUUAUUUAUAAAUAGGUAUAGUUGCUCUUGGCAGGACUGUGGUAGUGAAGACGCUUUACAGGACUUGGUUCUGUAUUAGCAUCCAUGUCAUUUCUUGAUUUCACUUUGUUGAGGACAGUCCUUAUUGAGAAGGGUGAAUUUUCUGUAGGAUGGCUAAUUAGGAUGCCACACUGUGGCUAUAGAAACAAAUCCAGUCUUCAGCAGAAGGCAAACUUCCUUCUUGGCUGUUACAGACUUAUAAUUAUGUCUUGUAAUUUUCUUAGCAACUGCUAAGAUAAUGACAGCUAUGCUGUACAGCAAAGGGAGAAGGGAAUGGGAAGCUGGGGGAAGGCGAGGGAGAAGAUACACCCUGUAAUACUGUCAUUUGUGAUCAUUUGAAUGAUGAGGGCUUGACUUUGCCUCAUGUUAUCUAUAAAUACAGUGCACCCUCUCAUGCUGCAUCAAGGGCACCAGCCUGUAUACAGAUGUGCUAUGUCUGGAGCUGUGCCAGGUGAAGAGGCAGUGACCCUUGCUCACCCUCUGCAGCCAGCUCCCUUGUCCUGUUGCUAAAGACAACACUGUCUAGCAGAGGUGCUUGCACAACAGUGCCCUGGUUGAUGUCAGAACAAUGGGAGUUUGUUUAAGCAGUGCAAUGAACAGUUCUAGGAGUACAGUUGUUUCAGGAGGGCACAUCUGUCUGGGAUAAGGAUGUUAUAUCUAGGAGGACGUCUGAUAGAAAUGAAAUAUACAGAUACUGUAAAAGUGUUGGGAGGCAUAAUGAAAUCUUUUUCAAAAGCAGACACACCUGUACACCCCACAACCUGCUAGUUUACUUAGGAUUUUAGUUUUCUCCUGUUACAAAAAUGCAAGGUUUUGCUUCCACUCGCUCACAACCUGAAACACUGGCUUUGAAGGCUGACCUAAAUCUCCCUCCUUAACACAAGAUCCAUGCACUGGGCUAAAAGAAAGAGGAUAUAGUUUUUGACCCAUUAAACUGAGGGGAUAAAAUGCAAGAAUAUCUUUGCUCAAAACACCAGACUCUAAGACAGUGUAUGCCUACCAUCUGCCUUCAAAAUACCCCAAACCACUGAAAUAACCAGUAACCACACAGUACAGGGGAAAACUUUUCACAGGAGGUCUUUUAAGAUGAAAAAGGGAACUUUGUAUGUGAUGAUAUUUUAUAUUUUCAGUGGCUUCAUUCCUGACUCACUUACAAAUACACUGUAUAUUUAUUCUGUCUGCUGCAAAAUGAACAAUAUGGAUACAACCCUGUUUGCAGUUUUGGUUAGGCAAAGGCACUCAUUUUGCAAUAAACAUAAUUGAUCUAAUUAGGUGAUUCUGUAUCUGACGUGGGCACUUUAAGCUUUAUGGAGCCAAACUCUGCUGUACUGUUUUUACUAAGAGAAUCAGUCAUAAAUUCAUGUAAUUUUGUUGGCAGGUUUUUGGCCUUAUUUUUCUUUUAAUGUAUAAACAUGGGUUUAUAUUCAAGUAACAUACAUAUAUAUAUAUACACACACACACUUCAUCUGGUAUGUCUGCUGUUCUUAAAAUAAAGCCUUGUGGUAACUGGCUGCCAUUUGCUUAGGAAUAAAGCCCUGUCACGGCAACUGCUAAGAUGCUAAAUUAUAUCAGUAUUUAAAGUAGUUUCACAUGUAUCUAUUUAUAAAUACAAAAGAUGGUUAUGAGUUUUUAUUUGUUUCCACAUUGUAUUAGCAAGGUGUUGUUAAUGGUGCAUGGCAGUGGUAUGUCUACAAUACAGCAGGUCAAAAGUUUAAACUGCUUAUCUUUGUACAUCCAGUAAUAUAAUAAUAAAAAUGUACAUCCAAUAAUAUAAUAGUAAUAUUAUUACUCAUUCAAAAUUCCAGUUGCAUAUUCUGAAUGUAAAGACAGGUUUAAAAAAAAAAAAAAAGGAAAAAAACAAUAUGCAUGAGACAUUGAGAAGGUUAGGAAAUUCUGCACUGAAGUAUUUAUGUUUUAUUUAUUUAUCUUUCACUAAGUGUUGAGCCUCCAGAUCAAGAUGCUGGCAGGGGUAUUAGGAACCUAAUUUCAGUUCCCACCUAAAGCUAAAGCACGUAGCAGGUUUUCCUGAACUAGUCAGAUUAAACCAUUGAAAGCAUUGUAACAUUCUCCUGAGUGGCCACAAAAAGUGUCAAGACCUUCUCAGCUGCUUCAUGUAACUUAGUUUACUAGAGAAGCUGGGUAACACUGAGACCCAAAGGUGCUUCUGCAAUGCUCACGGCUUGAUCACAAGAGUAGAAAUAUACAAAUAGCAAAUACUUACUUCACUGUGUCAUGUUUGUAAUACCACUGUCACGAGGUACCAUUUUCAGCAAUUAAAAUUCACAUUUCUUAAAAUACGAACAAGUAGGGUGGGUCUUUUUUUUUUUCUUUUGUUGUUGUUGUUGUUGCUUGGUUUUGUUGGUUUUGUUGUUGUUGUUCCUGUUUGUUUUUUUAAAAUAAUCCUCCCUUGCCCAGUUUUCACAGGUCAUUUUAACAAUUAAUGUUAAUUCAUCUCUGGUUAAAUGUAAUGAUUUCUCUUUAAAACAGUUUUCAUGUACCAGCAAAUGCUUGGGUGAAGCUGACAUACAUUGUCCCAGCUUCAUAAUAGUGAUUACCAUUUACAGCAGGCAAGGAUCUCCCCCUUGACAUCCUGAAGUAAAAUGAGCCCACCACUCACAGAUGUCAUACUUCCCUGUUUCUGCUGUGUUGCUUUGGUUUCAGGUAGGUCAGUAGAUCUCCACUGUAGAAAAAUAUAUCACGUGUCAUUGUUGUCAAUGUGAAUUACAGUAGGGCUCAGUGCUGGGAAAUAAAAGAACAAUGGUGUCAUUUUACAGAUAAAAAUUUACUUGGAGGAGGGGCAGAAGCUGGAAGCCUGUACUUCAGCACCUCUUAAAGACUUGGGGAUUUCUCAGAUUAGGAAAAAAAAAAAAUUAAAUGAAGAUAAAGGCUGAUUGCAUAAUGUAUUGCAUAAAUCUUUCAUAAUUAUUCAUAUAUUUGUGAAGAUUUGCAUAAAGUGAACUUCCACAUACUGUCAAGGACAGACUUCAGAUGAGUUCUUCCUCCUGGAUUUUCAGAAAACAAUCUUUUUCUUUCAGUAGUGUCACUGGUGAAUCAAAAUGUCUGAUUGUAACAUACAUUUCUUUAUCUCAAAAUUGUGUUACAAAAUUAUACAAUGUUUGAGCAAGCAGAGAACUCAAACUACGAUAUGAUGAGUUCAUGAAAGAAGCCAAAGCGGGAAGUUUGUGGAAUAACUUGGUUCUUAGGACUUUUUUACACACAUGACAAGCACAAGACACAAGCGUGAAUCCGUAUUUAUACUGCACACAGGGAGAGCAAGUGCAAACGAGAGUACUAUGGCAUCACAAACAGCUGGUUGCUGUUUAGCUGGGAUGCUGGCAAGCUCUGCAGGGAUUGCUUUUAUGUGGUGCUUUACCUGAAUACUAUUUGAUCUUUACAACUCCUGUCCUCCUGAUGAAAGGGGUUUCUUCCCAGUGAGAAACAUGGCAUCCCUUUAUCAGGGAGAGAGGUACACCAGGAAUAAUGUCUCUCACUCAGUUCUUAUGCUAGCUUCACGAGCGUGCAUUUUAUCUCUUACAUAAACACUUGAGCAAACAUGUCUGUAGCAGUCUACAUGCCUGAGAGAGGGACUAGGUCUUCGCCAUGCAAUGAAGAUUUAGGAAUGAAUUUUGUUUAAUGUUCCCUUGAGGAGCAGUUCUAUUGUCUUUGUUGCCAGUCCUUUUAAAGCUGGGAUUCAUUACUAGGCCCUUAAUGCAGGCAGUAUUUGCAAAAGAUGAUUAGCAGAAUGAUAAAUUCUGUUCAUCCUCACAUUAAAUGUUUGGUUUCAAGACUGAAGCAAAAGAAGUAAGAUGUUUCUGGUUUUUCGUUGUGGUCGUUUUGUGUUUUUUGUUUGUUUGUUUUUGUUUGUUGUCUGCCAAAGUAGUGUGUGCCUGGAAUCCUUCAGUAAGAUUUGGCCAUGGUCCUGUGUUGCUGUGGCCAGUGCAGCAGUCGGGCAGGCCUGGUGCUUCUUGGCCCUCUGUGGGCACAGUGGGGCUCAGGCAUCUGCUGGCCCAGCAGCUAGCCACUUGGGAUCUGCUAACAGCUUGGGGCUCUUGUGGAAAACUUGUUUGGUAACAUUACUGGAGUCUUAAACAGUUGAAUGCAAUCCCUACUGUGGCUUUUUCAAACUGUGAUGAAAGCAUACAGAUUUUGCUGAAUUGCAUGCAUGAUAAGUUUUUUACUUGAUGGUGCAGUGAAGCUGCAGGAAGCAGAGCAAAAAAAAAAAAGCAACUGAUACAAGCACCUUUUGUUCAAUUCAGGAUCAAACAAUGUUAUCCGAAUGCAAAGAUUGUGUGAUACUUCUGACCAUAAGGAAGAAAAUGCAGGUGGAACUGAGUGCGAAUGCACAUAAUGCAUAUGUUUAUUUACAGUCAGCCAGGAAAAAAAAUAAAAUCCGUGGUUUAUAGUAAUACAGUUCUAUUCAAAAUAGCUUUUUGUUAAGUCAGCUUAGAAAUGUUAACAUGGUGGAGCCACAGACAAAACAUUUGUUACCUUUUGAAAUGAGUUACAAUGGUUUUGUCAUACUUGUACGAGUAUUAUAAGGUCAGUCUUUCUGUAUGUUUGUUUUACAGCUUGUUGUAGAAUAGUCUUUUAUGCAUAGCUGUUCUGCUUGCCUGUGUAAAUUACAAAUUUAACAGAAAUUAAAGCAUGCAUUUUUCUCUGUUUGCUGGUAACCUAUGAAAUUAGAAACUUGUAUUUCUGUGUUUUUAAUGUGUUAUACUAUAAACAAAAUUCACAGCACUAUUGUCUAUGGAAUAUCAAAAAGUUUUAUUAGAAUGAAUUACUUUAAAUGUUUUGUCAUUUGAUUUAAUAAUGUGUCAGACAUCUACACUAAGACAAUAUAAUGUUUAUCAAUAAAAA